AUGGCUGACUACACCGCCCGCUUUCGAGUGGACGACGACUACUACGUGCAAGCCACGCCCCGAACCGGCAGUGGAUCGUCGCAGUCCAAUGCAAAACUGUUCAAGCUAAUCAGCGCAGCUUGUGCCCCCCAUCUGGUGGAGCCCAACCUAGCGCUGGACUUUGAAGUCGCCGACUACAUCAACUCCAAAAAGGGCAAUAGCGCUCGGGACGCUGCCCAGGCCAUUGUCAAGCUCAUCAACCACCAGUCCCGAAACGUGUCCAUCAUGGCUCUGUCGCUGCUGGACAUUUGUGUCAAGAACUGUGGCUACCCUUUUCACCUACAAAUCUCCCGAAAAGAGUUUCUCAAUGAACUGGUUAAGAAGUUCCCCGAGAAGCCCCCAAUGAACUACACUCACACCCAGUGUCUGAUCUUGGAGGUGCUGCAGGACUGGCGAGAAACACUUUGCAAGCACUCGCGGUACAAGGAUGACCUGGGAUACAUCAGAGACAUGCACCGGCUGCUGACCUACAAGGGCUACCACUUCCCCGAGGUCAACCGAGAUGACGCUGCUGUUCUGCGAGAGGCUGAAAGUCUCAAGUCUGCUGCUGAGCUGGAGGCUGAAGAGCAGGACGCCCACAGUGCCAAGCUGCAGGAGCUCAUUCGAUCCGGAUCUCCUCGAGACCUCCAGGAAGCCAACCAUCUCAUGAAGAUCAUGGCUGGUUUCAAGGAAUCAAAGACAAACUACGCCGCCAAGGCCGCCGAGGAUCUGGAGAAAAUCAAGACUAAGGCGCAGCUUCUCGACGAAAUGAUGCAGGGGCAUCCCAGCGGCACCCCAUUCAAGCCCGACGAUGUCUACGCAGAGAUGUACUCUGCCGUCAAGGCUGCCCACCCCCGAAUUCAGAAGAUGACUGAGGAGGAGGGUCAGGACGAGGAAACCGUGGCCAAGCUUCUACAACUCAACGACUACCUGCAUUCUUUGGUUGAGAAGUUUGAGCUUCUGCGAAAGGGCGACUUUGGUGGAGCUGGCGCCGUCAACACAAAGGCCCCCUCUGGAUCUGCGACCUCCAAGGCCGUUGUUUCCGACCUCAUUGACUUUGGAGACGAUGAGCCUGCAGCUGGAGGAGCUGGAGGAGCGACACCCGCGGGAAACUCCGGAUCUGGCUCCGGCGCCGCCGUCGACGAUCUGCUUGGCGAUCUCAAUGGUCUGUCCUUCAACAACAGCUCCGGUUUUGGUCAGGGUGGCUCCAUUUCUCUGCUGGGGGCCACUAACGCAAGUAGCGCUGCCUCCCCUGCUGUGUCCGGAGCCUCUGGAAAGCACUCUGGCACACCCGCUGGAUCCGGAAACCUUUUUGACUUGGACUUCUCUCCCUCGGCAUCUCCUGCUCCUGCUGCUACUCCUGCUCCCGCUUUCAACUUUUCUUCUCUCUCCCAGCUGACUGCCAACAAGGCCGGUGAGACACACGCGGUCAAGACAGCACCCUCUGAGGACCCUGCUGAGGCCUGGAACUUUGUGGGUGCUUCUUCCGGUGCUGCUGCCGGUAAGGAGAUUUCUAUUCUGCAGACUGGCGACAUCAAGGUGUCUGGCCUGGUCAGCAGGUCUGGCAGUAACGUGGAGAUCACUCUGCAGUUCUCCAACAAGUCCUUCACUGAUAACAUUACCGCUCUGGACUUUAAGAUUGCCGCUCCCAAGUCUGUCACUCUCAAGCUAGACCCCGCAUCCUCCGACACUCUUGGAGCUGCUUCCAUCAACGGAGUGACCCAAGAGGCUCACGUUGGCAACGCUGGCGACAAGCUGAAGCUGCGAUUCAAGCUGAACUUCAACAUUGGAGGGAAGGCUGUUGAAGAGGUCGGCACCGUGGAGGACCUGUAA